AUGGACGGGUAUGCGGGGCCUGCCUUGUGCCGCUUGGGAGGCGCCGGCCAAGCCGGCUGGGAAGCCCCAGAGAUGGAACAUGAGAAGAGGCCUUGGGAGGAGCUCCACUCCGAAGUGACCACCGCGGAGAGUCGCCGGAGAAACGCUCCGCCGGAGAGGAUCUCUGCCUACUCUCGGGGCUCCAGCCAAGCCUCUGGAGGCCUGGUGGAGCCUCUGGAGGAGCUCGCUGCGGACACCAGCAGCAAUGGUCACACCUGCAGCGAUGGUCACACGGUGAGCUCGGGCAGGGGCUUGGAUGUCAUCGCACGCACGAGGCAGAGGAUCAGAGAGGUCAGGGAGCGGGAAAGGUUAGAGCGGCUUCGCGAACAAGAAGAGGCCUCUAUGAGACGCCAGGAGCAGCAGCAACAGCAUGAGCAGAGGAUGAAGCGCCAAGAGAGUGAGAAGCGCCGCCGCCGGCAGAUGCAGCGGAAGGAGGAGGAGCUGCAGGCGAGUGCACAGGCAGAAGAAACACGCAAGGCACGAGAACACGGCCGUGAACAGGAAGAGAAGCUCAAGCUUCUGCAGAAACAUGCGCAGGCUCGGAUAAAGGCCGAAAAAGAGAAGGCCAAAGAAAAGAGGGACCAGGAAUUGGCGCAGAAGGAGGAGAAGGGGAAAGCCACGGAGGAGGCGCAGCAGAAGGCUUCAGAAGCCAUGGAGGCUGCGAAAAAGCGGUUGAUCCAGAAGAAGAAGCAGGAGAUGGCAAAGAAAGAAGAGGAAGAAUCUAUGCAGAAGCUGGAAGCCGAAUACGAGCAGGACAAAGAGAAUGACCAGAUCGGAGAGCACUUGCAGCGCAAGGCGCAGGAGAGGCUCCGGCAGCGCUCGGAGGAGCGGCGGAAGCAGGAGACCCAGGCGAAGAACCGGGAGGCCCUGCAGCGCUUGGAACGUGAGGAGCGCCAGGCUUCGUGUGAGAAGCAGCUGGAGCAGCGGCGGGCCACAGCCGCACAGCGGGCGGGCUCGCGGCUACGGCGAGAAAAGGAUGAGGAAGAGCGGCACAAGCGUGAACAGGAGGAGCAGGACCGCCUCGCUCGGGAGCGGAAGCAGCUCUACCGGAACCCCCGCUCCAUCGCGGAGCUGAAGUCCCACGAGUGCCCUGCGCCCUUGACGCAGCAGCAACGCCGCGCCGCCUCGCAGCGCCGACAGGCGGAACAGGAGAAGCUCCGCAGGUAUGCUGAAGGCUUGCCAGCCGAGACCGUGGAGGAUGCAAAAGACGGCGACCCACGCGGCCGUUCCAGCGCGUCCGCGCCGCCGAACCGCGCACGGCCGCCGCUCUUGCCGAGCCUGGAGCGGCGGAAACCAGAGGAGAGCCGGGAGCGUGACACUGGGGCCCAAGCGAACCGCGAGGGCGGAAGCCGCGGCAGCCGCCGUGGAAGCCGCGGCCGCUCCAGCAUUUCGCCCUCGCCCAGUGUGGUCUCGCUGCCCGAUAUCGAGACGGGCCUGGUGGCGGGAAGCGCCCAGGUAGCGGUGGUCGGGCUCGCACCCGCGGGCCCUGCGAGCCCGACCCUGGAAGUGCUACCAGCACUGGAGGAGUUGGCAUCACCGAGCGUCGCCAUGCAAGAGCCGGGCGCUUCGUGUGACAUGUUUCACUCAGAUCAGGUGGCAGAGAAGGCUGAUGCAAGUUUAGCUGCAUCGAUUGGGUCAAUGAACAGUGUAUCAGGCUACGUGCAACUGGAUGAGCCUGAUGUGCACGUACGUAUUCAAUGUAGUGACGAUGAAUUUGCAGUCGAAAUCAGAACUGAUUAG